AUGUCUGAUGAGGAAAACAUAUACGAUGAAAUCGAGAUCGAGGACAUGACCUUCGACGCCGACAUGCAGGUCUACCACUACCCUUGCCCGUGCGGCGACAAGUUCCAGAUCGCCCUUGAGGACCUUCGCGACGAGCAGGAUAUUGCUGUAUGUCCUAGCUGUAGUCUUAUGAUUAGGGUCAUCUUCGACUUGGAUGACCUACCACAACCGCCUCCUCCACCCGGUGAUGUUGCGGCGCCCACUGCCGUUGCAGUCUAA